ACCAGCAGCAGCACAAGUCUCAAGAUUCGUGCCGCAUCAAUCACCGCCAUCCGCCUUCUCGCCUGUCGCCUAGGGCUACCCCCCUUCCCGUACUCCGACCCGGCACCAACCCUCCCCCGCCGCCGCCGUUCCCUGCUCAUAGGCGGCGCGGCGCCGCCUCCAUCGCCUCCUCUAUCGGCCCUCGCGUGCGCCCCCGGGUACCCGCGCGCCCCCUCGCGCGGCCGCCGCGUUGUGGGGUUGCGGCUAGGGUUUCAUGCUUCCCGCGGCCUCCGCAGCCGCCGAUGUCGCACCCGGGCAAGUUCGUCUCCGUUAACCUCAACCGAUCCUACGGCCAGUCCGCUCCCUCCCACCAUGGCGGCCGCCCCUCCCGCCCCGCCGCCGCCGCCUCGUCUGGCGGCCACGGUGGCGGGGGCAUGGUGCUGCUCUCCCGCCCGCGCGGAUCCUCCCUCGCGAAGCCGCAGCCACCAAAGCUCUCUGUGCCGCCGCCACUCAACCUCCCGUCGCUCCGCAAGGAGCAUGAGCGAUUCGAUGGCGCGGCUGCCGCCGCUGGCGGCGGGGUCGCCUCGGCUCCGCCCCGAUCCGGCGGGACCGCGGCCGGGUGGACCAAGCCCGCCCCAGCCUCUGAGAAGCCUCCCGGCUCGGAGCCGCUUCCUGGCAACGCCGCACGGCCGCCGUCGUACGGGUUCCCGGAGAAAGCAUCCGUCUUCUUGCGUGGGGAGGACUUCCCUUCCUUGAAAGCAGCUGUUUCCCCGCCGCCUCCGCAGCCUGCGCAGCGACAGAAGGACGCUGAUGGGGUGCGGGCCUCCACACCAGAGUCACGACCGGUGCCCCUCGGAAUGCGUCCUCAGGUGACACCCUCGCGUGCCACUGAGCCCCUGGCCUCUGGUGGCGGCACUGGCGCCCGCGCUUCUGCCGAGAGGGCACAAAAGCAUGAUCUGGGGUCGCUUCCGAUGGUCCGGCUUAGGUAUGAUUCUGACUGGGCUGAUGACGAGCGUGACACAGGGCUGAGCCUCCCAGAGCGGGACAGCAGGGAGAGGGGAUUUGGCCGGAGUGAGACCAUGAUCCCAGGGCGCGACCUUUAUGGCGCGAUGAGGGAGCCCUUCAAAAAGGAGCCGUUUGGGAGAGAUGCAGUUGUGACAAAUAAAGAGGGCAGGCAGGAUGGUCUGUGGCGAUCUCCUAUGUCAAGCCAACACGAUAGAGAGCGAACGGAUGGCCUGCCAUACAGUGUAGGCAGAGGAAGCAGUGGGCAGUCAUAUCGGGAAUGCAUAACUGCUGGUGGUUCCAAGGAUUUGUGGAGUAAUAGUAGGGAGCCUCCUAUGCGUGCCUAUGGACAGAACGAGGUAGAACCGUAUGGAAUCGCACGAGUUGGGGAAACUGCGAGUGAACGUUACGGUAACAGUUCGAAUAAUUGGCACAAGCCGAGUUCUUUCCAGAACAAUGUUGGUUCCAAGGCACAGAUUUUUGCUGGUAAUAAAGGGCCUUUAAUUAAUGGGCCAGUGGCAAAAUUUGGUAGGGAGAAGCAGCUCACCGGUUCCCCUGCUAAACCUUUAAUAGAGGAUGGCAGUUUUGAUAGCAUUUCCACCGCUAACUUGAGUGCGAUAAAGAAGAAGAAAGAAGCAGCCAAACCAGCUGAUUUUCAUGACCCGGUAAGGGAGUCAUUUGAGGCAGAGCUUGAUAGGAUCUUGAGGGUACAGGAGCAGGAGCGACAACGGGUAAUGGAAGAACAGGCAAGGGCCAGAGAAAUUGCUCGGAAGCAAGAAGAGGAGAGAGAGAGGCUGAUAAGAGAAGAGGAGGAGUGGCAGCGGCUGGUGGAAGAACAGGCAAGACAAGCUGCUUGGCAAGCUGAGCAAGAGAGGCUGGAAGCUGCCAAAAGAUCUGAGGAGCAGAGAAUUGCCAGGGAGGAGGAAAGGAAGAGGAUUGCUAUGGAGGAGGAGCGGCGUAGGGAGGCAGCACGUCAAAAGCUCCUAGAAUUGGAGGCAAAGAUUGCUAGACGACAAGCAGAAUCAAGCAUUGACGGAGGAAGGGAUAGAAAACUAUCUUCAGCUGUCAGUGAUGAAUUGGCUCCUGGAGCCUUAAAGGACAGAGAUGUGUCACAGUCUGCUAAUUUUGGUGAUAGAAGAGAUGUUGACAGAAUGGAUGAGCGCAUCAAUACCUCUGCACCAUUGGAGUCCUCUAGUUUCAAUAGGUACAGUGAUACAGUUCCAAGGGUGCACACUCUGAGGGAUGGGCACUCACCAUUUGUUGAUAGAGAGCAUGCAUACUAUGGUGCAAGGGCUGCAUUCCCAGAACAAGAGAAUGUGCAUCACAGUCCACGGUGCGACCCUUUUGCUACAAGGAGGGGGAAUUUCCCUAAGAAAGAUUUUAAUGAUGGAUUUGGGAGUGUGUCCGUUAGGCCAUCUUCCAGAGGCCAAACAACUGAUUCUCCAUGGGCGCUGGAAGAUGACCAACAUGAAAAGGUUCCAAGGUGGGAUGCACCUAGGGAAACUGACCGUUUUGACAAACAAUCUGACUUUCACAACGAUCUUUUUAACGGCAACAGGUUUGGAGAUUCAGCUUGGCUGCCUAGUAGUUCUCAUGGAAGCCCCAGUGCUCAACUAGGAGAUAGGAUGUUUCAGAGUUCUGAGGCUAAUGAAUUUUCUGCUUUUACUAGACCCCGCUACUCUAUGCGGCAACCAUAUGUUCCCCCACCCCCAACUGUGACCUCAGUGCAGAGAAGUACAAUUUGUUCUUCUGCUCAACAUCCCAAUUCAUCCUUCAUGGAUGGUGGGAUGGGAGAGCGUUCCGGUAGAGAUGAUGAACAAGCUAUUCGGGGUCAGUAUGGAAGUGCAUACCAAGAGGCAUCUCACCAGCAUGGUGUACCAGCUGAUCAUAUUGCUGUCAAUGAACACCAAAUUGGGAACAGAGAAAGCCCUGUAUUGGGUUCACAAUAUUCUCUUUCUGUUUCAAGCCCUCCUAGCUCACCUCCACAUGUUUCGCAUGAUGAGAUGGAUGUUUCUGGCGAUUCACCUGCAUUACCGACUUCUGCUGAUGGUGAGCGAACUGUGAUGUCUGACAAUGACCAUGCAGCUUUGACCUUAGAUGCAGCCAACAAAAGCAGAAUUGCUGCCUCAAGAUCAGUGUCCCACAUGGAAGAUGAUGAAUGGUUGAGUGAAAACAAUGAUGGUAGGCAAAAACAGGAUGAAUACGAUGAAGACGGCGAUAGCUACCAGGAAGAUGAAAUCAAUGAAGCUGAUGACGAGAAUCUUGACUUGGAUGAUGAGUUCUUAGAGGAGCAGAAUACACCUGUAGAACUGGAACCAGUUAUACUUGGAUUUGAUGAGGGUGUGCAGGUUGAAAUUCCCUCGAAUAUUGAGUUUGAACUAUCUUCUAUGAAGAGCACUGAAAGGGCAGUUGGAGUAAAUCUAAGCUCAGGUGUUGCAGAGCAAGAGAAUGUUAGUGGUUCAGUUGUUCAUUCUGACCCUGUUACUGAAGCAGAGAAAACACUGCAAAACUUGACUCUUGAUCAUGUAAAUGCCCUGACAGAUGACAGUAAUGGAGAGCCAUCCAGUAGCUUCGUGGCACCUGCUUCAAGCUCCCAGUUACCACAGUCAUCUUCAACAGCUCCAAUUAUGCCAUCCGCUUCAGUGGUUGGCCAGAAUGAAGUGCCUGUUAGCCUCCAGUUUGGUCUGUUUACUGGGCCUCCUCUAAUACCAACUCCAGUUCCAGCCAUUCAGAUUGGUUCAAUACAGAUGCCAAUCCAUCUCCACAAUCAAGUUAACCCAUCCCUGGCUCAAAUGCACCCUUCAACAGCCCCUUUAUAUCAGUUUGGCCAGCUGAGUUAUGUCCGCCCUAUCGCUCAGAGUGCUCGACCGCUGCUUUCUCAGGCUAUUCUCCCAGCUUAUUCUUCUGCACCAGCUCAAUAUACAUUGAAUCAAAAUACUUCCAGUGUUCUCCCAGAGCUAGUGAAUCGAGAUACACACCAGAAUAUCCCAAGACAGGCAGUCUCAUCCACCUUUAUCGAAAAAUCAACAUCACCUACAGCCAAGCUUUCCCUUGUAAUGGAUAAUUCAGAUUCUCAGUAUCUCAAUGCACCUGCAGACAACCAGAUGGCUGGUGUGGAGGGAUUUCAUGGCCAAGUGGACAAACAUUCUAUUGGGGGUACAACUUCCAGUGUUUCGCAAGCUGAAAUACAGAGCAAUUGUGAUAUCUCUUUGAAGAGGAAUUACAAACCUACCUCCAACAACUUAGAAUCUUCUCAAUUUGGUUCGGAGGGGAAAGCCUUGAGUGGUCCAAAGGCUCCAUGUGCUGUAUCUGGUGGAAGAGGGAGAAGAUAUGGUUAUGCUGUUAGAGAUAUUAACAUGAGAUCAACCGGUUCAGUUGUUGAACCUUCUCACAAGGAUUCCAGAGGAUUUCAGAGAAGGGCUCGUAGGAAUGUAAGAAGAACUGAGUUUAGAGUUCGGGAAAAUGUCGAGAACCAAAUCCAAGCUUCUGAGUCAUUUAAUCAUGGUGAACAGAACGAGAGGCAAUAUUCCAAUGGAACAACAAGAGAUGUUUCGUUGAGAAAUGUGAGCAGAAGGGAAAUUGAUGUAAAUAAGUUAUCCAGGACGAAUGAAGCAAGUGAUCAGAGUGCAGGUCCUUCAUUUAGAAGUACACAGAAGGCUCCUUAUGAAAGAUCCCAUGGUGGGAACAAGAAAUCUAGAAAAGGUGCUAUCCCUGAAGGAGGUGCUACUUCAUUGCAGGCUGGAACUGUACGUGUUGUUAAGCAGCAAGGCAUUGAGGUCCCUGUUGAUGCAGAUGGUUUCAUUGAAGUAAGGUCCAAGAAACAGAUCAUGAUUGUCAGGAGAGAGCAGAGGGAGAAAGAAAAUAGAUCCAAAAUGAGGAUGGCAAAGACUCCCCGCAAACACCAUCAAGUUUCUCCACAAAGUCCGGGUGGUCCAAUUGUGAAUAAGCGAACAGCUCUUUUGAGUGGAGAAGUUGCAAAGAAAGUUUAUUUAGACUCACAAGGAAGAGUUGCUGACUAUGUUGAACCAUCGGUUGCAUUGAAGGGUGAUAUGGCUUCUAUGAAGCCCAUAGGGCCACCUUCAACCAAUGCAGAAACUGAUACAAACUUCUAUGCCAAGCAGCCUACCCAAAGUCAAGCAUCCUCUGACAUGGUCACUUCUAGUGCUUCUGCAAAGCUUGUGACAGACUUAUCUGAGGACAACAAUAAAGGAGCGUCCAUUAGUACUCCAUUUAACAUGGUUUCCUGGGAUAAUUCACAAAUAAACCAGCAGGUUAUGCCAUUAACUCAAACUCAACUUGAAGAAGCUAUGAGGCCAGCUAAUUUUGAACAGCAGGCUGGUUCUGGAUUUUCUUUGGAGUCCAACAAUGCUUUGUCCCCUACAGUAACCACAGAAAAGGCAUUUCCUUCAUCUGUUAGCCCUAUUAACUCCCUUCUGGCUGGCGAGAAGAUUCAGUUUGGGGCAGUUACCUCGCCAUCCGUACUACCUCCGGUCAGCCGAACUGUUGCAAGUGGGCUUGGAGCUCCAGGGUCAUCUAGGCCUGAUAUGAAGAUUGAUCGAAGCUUACCAAGUGACAAUGGUACUGAUGUUUUCUUUGAUAAGGAGAAGCCUAGUUUGAAGGAACCAUGCCCAAAUACAGAGGAUGUAGAAGCAGAGGCUGAAGCAGCUGCUUCUGCUGUGGCUGUGGCAGCUAUUACUACUGAUGAGGGAUCUCCAGCUGAUGCAACUACAGCGUCUGCUCCAGACAACAAGAGCUUUAGCAGCAAGGAUCUCAGUGGGUUAGCAUCAGGAGCAGGGGCAAUAAUAACAGGUCAAGCUGGUCAAUCAUCCACGGAAGAGCCGCUCACAGUUGCUCUUCCAGCAGACCUAUCAGUUGAUACUCCAUCCAUGUCCCUGUGGCCACCUUUUCCCAGUCCACAGGCAUCAGGGCCAAUGCUUUCUCAGUUUCCUGGUGCACAACCGUCCCACUUUUCCUGCUUUGAUAUGAAUACAAUGUUAGGAGGGCACAUUUUUGCAUUUGGACCAAGUGAUGAAUCUGCUGGCUCUCAGGGUCAGCAUCCUCAAAGAAGCAACACAUUGCCUUCAGCGCCAUUGGGAGCUUGGCCACAAUGUCAUUCUGGGGUAGACUCGUUCUAUGGUCCUCCAACUGGGUUUGCUGGUCCUUUUAUUAGUCCAGGAGGAAUCCCAGGCAUGCAAGGUCCUCCACAUAUGGUGGUCUAUAACCACUUCGCCCCAGUAGGGCAGUUUGGUCAAAUGGGACUUGGUUUCAUGGGAGCCACUUAUAUCCCUGGUGACAAGCAGCCUGAUUGGAAGCAAAAUCAAGGACCUCCUGUUGUCGGUGUAAGCCAGAGUGAUCCAAACAACCAAAAUAUGGUGUCUGGUCAAGUAAACUCUCCCAGCAUUCCUACCCCAGUGCAGCAUCUACGCCCAACUUCUAUCAUGCCAAUCCCAUCCCCAUUGACCAUGUUUGACAUUGCUCCUUUCCAGACAUCUACAGACAUACAGAUGCAACCUUGUUGGCCACAUAUGCCUGUACCGCCUCUACACUCUGUCCCAUUAUCAGUGCCACUACAGCAGCAUCCAGUAGAGGGUACAGCUACACAACAGUUUCUUCAUAAUGUGCCAGUAGACAACAAGGCAAUUACAAAUAACCGGUUCCAGGAGCCCUCUGCAUCUUCCAUGCCAUCAAACAGCAACAAGACCUUCCCAAACGCAGCUGCCUCUCAAUUCACAGAUGAGUUGGGUCUUGUUGAACAGCCAGCCUCCAGUAGUUCAAGUGCUCAAACUGUUCAGCCUUCAUCUGUCCAGGCGGGUGUGAUCAGCAAUGAAGUCUCAACCAGUGCCAAAGUUAUGGUUAGGUCGAUCCCACCAAAUGUCAACCCUGGGAUUGCUACAACUACAAGAGUGGCUAGCAACCCCAAUGGAGGCCAGGUCACCAACCUUCCCUCCAAGACCCAGCAGUCUUCUUUGUCAUUGGAUCAGCAAUACCAACAUCCAGUCAGUAAUCAGGAUCGCCGAGCCCGUGUGACUCAAAAGACUGGUACUGGCAACGAGUGGCAACGACGACCAGGAUACCAGGGGAGGAAUCAGAAUUCUGGUUUGGACAAGAACUCGGGCACUGGUAGGAUGAAGCAGAUCUACGUCGCGAAGUCGUCAGCAACAAGUGGCCAUGCCCAAUCAGGCUAGAGCAGAGAUGCUUUCCACAAAGCAUGCUUCUGGCGGGAACAGCUCAAGCCGCCGUGCGCUAGAUACACGUGAAACAUAUUUUCGCUCCGUGUCUGUCUAUCCUUGUUUGUUUGGUGAUUAUAGCUUUGCUGGUUGUAUGUUUUUGGUUUCAUUUCUUGCAUAGAGAAGAAAAGGAAUGCGGUUGCAGUGUUAAAAACAUUUAAAGCAAUGCCGUUUCGUGCCUGGAUAAGUUUUGCAGCCGAUGGAGUCUGCUGCCGUGUAAGUCAAUGGUGUGCUAUCAGGAUUAUUAUUGUUGCUAUUAUCAUUUUUAGACUGACUCAAGAGGCCUGGACAGAAUCAGAGGUGCCCAUAAGGGGAGCACUUUAUAUUGUGGAAUAUGUUCAUAAUCCAGUUGAUUUGAUGCUAUAUUGUUGAAUCA